UUCCUCCCUGUCUCUGUGAAGAAGCAAAGGUUCAGUCUGCAGUGGAAGCUCCAGGUUGCGCUCCACCCACUGCGUGCAGUUAUAUAAAACAGCAAGGAAACCGGUUUCCUCCUGUCGAACCAAAAAAAAAAAGAGCUGAAGCAUGAGUCGUCGCGUGGCCGUGGUCGGAGCGGGGAGUUCGGGUCUGGCCUGCAUGAAAUGCUGCCUGGACGAGGGGCUGGAGCCCGUCUGCUUCGAGAGCAGCGAUGACAUCGGAGGUCUCUGGAGGUUUAAGGAGAAUCCAGAGCCGGACCGCGCCAGCAUCUACAAUUCACUCAUCAUCAACACCUCCAAGGAGAUGAUGUGCUACAGCGACUUCCCCAUCCCUGCACACUUUCCGAACUACAUGCACAACGCUCUCAUCUUGGACUACUUUCGGAUGUACGCGGACCACUUCCAGCUCACCAAGCACAUCCGCUUACACACCCGCGUCGUGAACAUAAAGAGGAGAUCCGACUUUUCCCGUUCGGGACAGUGGGAUGUUGAAACGGAGAACAAGGACGGCAAAAAGGAGAAGCACAUUUUUGACGCUGUAAUGAUCUGCAUCGGACAUCACUGCCACCCUCACCUGCCUCUCCAUGACUUCCCUGGCAUCGAGACUUUCAAGGGAGAGUAUUUCCACAGCAGAGACUACAAGACUCCAGAGCAGUGGAGAAACAAGAAGGCGGUGGUGAUCGGAAUAGGAAACUCCGGUGGAGACAUUGCAGUGGAACUGAGCAGAUUCGCCAAGCAGGUUUACCUGAGCACUCGAAGGGGGGCCUGGAUUCUGAACAGAGUUGGAGACAAUGGAAUCCCGCGUGAUAUGGUGUUUACCAGAAUGAUGUAUGCUCUGCGUCAUGUGAUUCCCUCUAGCUAUAUAUGUUCUAUUAUGGAGAACAAACUCAACAGCAGAAUGAACCAUUCUCUGUACAGUCUAAAGCCCAAACACAGGUUGUUCAGUCAACAUCCUACCGUCAACGACGAUCUUCCCAACCGCAUCCUGUCCGGGACAGUUCAAGUAAAACCCAACAUCCGCAGAUUUCAUGGCUCCUCUGUCGAGUUUGAUGAUGGAAGCGUAGUGGACGAUGUUGACCUUGUGGUGUUUGCAACAGGUUACAAGUUUUCCUUUCCUUUUCUGGCCUCUAAUGUGGUUCCAGUGACUGAUAACCAAACAUCUCUGUACAAGUAUGUGUUUCCACCUGACCUGGAACGCCCCACGCUGGCUAUCAUUGGAUUGGUGCAACCAUUGGGAGCCGUCAUGCCUAUCAGUGAAAUGCAGGCUCGAUGGGCUACAAGGGUCUUCAAAGGCUGCAUAAAGCUCCCCUCAUUACCCAACAUGCAAAGAGACAUCCAGUGCAAGCAGGAAGCCAUGGCUAAAAGGUACGUCAACAGUCAGAGACACACCAUCCAGGUGGACUACCUCGACUACAUGGAUGAGAUUGCAGACCUGGUGGGAGUCCGACCCAGAGUCUCCAGACUGCUGCUGACCGAUCCCAAGCUGGGGCUGAACGUGCUGUUCGGCCCCUGCACCCCUUACCAGUAUCGACUCAGGGGACCCGGAAAGUGGGCCGGCGCCCGCAAGGCCAUCCUUACCCAGUGGGAGAGAGUCUGCCAGCCCUUGCAGACCAGGCCUUGCAAAGACCCCGAGCGACGGAGAUCUCUGAAGCUGCCUCUGCUUCUGUCCGCGGCGGCGGUGGGAUUGGCUGCCUACUACAACCGGAGCAGCCUCCCAGCGUUUCUGCAGGAUCCUGCUGCCUUGCUGGACAGGGUGAAAUCCUCCCUGCCCACACAAUGACGCUAAUGUCCAUCCAUUCAUCAAUUACCUCGACCUGCUUGUCCUUGCCGGGUUGCGGCGUGAAGCUAAUGUCAUGACUGAUUACAUUUGCCUUUAAUUACAGUUUUAAUUCAUAAACUUUUUUGCAUACUGUUUUACUACUGAUCUUUUUAAAUGGCUAAAACUAAAACUUUACAAUAGCUUAUUCUCUAUUUGACCAAAUUGAACCUUUCUGUAUACAGUUAUUUUCCUGUAGUCCUUGGUUUAUAUAAUUUUAUGAAUCUGUUGCAACACCUACACGCUCUGUUCUCAAGUUAAGUUUUGAAAUGCCUCCAUGCAUCCAUCUAAGACCAAAUACGGUUAGUAUUUUUAAUUCUUACACUCUGAAACCCUCUUUUGAAAUCAUGUAUGCAGCGCAUCUAAUAAAUGUUGUGUAAAAGUUU